AUACCCGGACCAUUUAAAGACGACACAGUCAAAUUCACGAUCUCUUCCUCAGGCUUACCGACCUUCUGGGGCGGAGCGUUGGGAUAUGACGUCGUAUCCCGGCGUUUUGCACAAAGAGGAUGCUUACAGUGCGAGGACGAGAUAUCACAGAGAUUCUGGCUCUACGUCAAUAUUCGGGACUCGCUUGUUUCUGUUGAAUAUUGCUAAAUAUUUUUUUUAUUAUGGCUGUGGAAACAAGAUUAAAGCCAAAGGACCAGAGACAUCAUAAACAGCAACAUACUUCUCCCUCUUCAGAUGGUGGAACUGGAGAGAAGGAGUCUGGGAUUAGGCAAAGACACGGGUUAACAAGUCACACCACGACAAGAGCCAGAAACAGGACACACCACUGGGGUACUGAUCCCCACCAUCCCAAACAACGGACAACAACAGAACGCCUUUUCUUUUGUCAGGGUCUUAGUAAGGCUGCUAACCUAAAGACUUGGACCAUCCUCCUCUUUGCGGCCCUUGCAGGUAUUUUACACUGGAGCCAUAUAUCAACACUUUUUGAAAAUGACCGGCAUUUCUCUCACCUUUCAACACUGGAAAGAGAAAUGGCAUUUCGCACUGAGAUGGGCCUUUAUUAUUCCUAUUUUAAGACAAUUACUGAAGCUCCUUCAUAUUACUCUGGUUUACUGGCGAUUAUGAAUGAUAAUGUGACUGAAUAUCCUAAUGUGAUAAAUACCUUAAAGAGGUUUAAUCUCUAUCCUGAGGUAAUUUUGGCUAGUUGGUAUCGUAUUUAUACGACGACUAUGAACUCUCUAGGUUUUCAGACAAAGAUAUGUUGGAAAGUAAACCGUGGAGAUGAUCUUAGUCCUGUCGAUAGCUGUGAAGGCCUUGGUGAUCCUGCGUAUUUUUAUGUCACCAUGAUUUUUAUUUUAAAUGGAAUGAUGAUGUCAUUGUUCUACAUUUAUGGUACAUAUUUAAGUGGAAGUCGACUAGGAGGCUUUGUGACAGUUUUGUGCUUCUUUUUCAAUCACGGUGAAUGCACACGUGUGAUGUGGACUCCACCUCUUCGAGAGAGUUUUUCAUAUCCAUUUCUUGUUCUUCAGAUGUUCCUUUUGACGUACAUCCUAAGGACACCCAAUGUUGGUAGAAGAAGCUUGAUUGCGCUUUGUGUUUCAAAUGUGUUCUUCAUGCUUCCUUGGCAGUUUGCACAGUUUGUUCUUUUAACUCAGAUUGCCUCGUUAUUUGCCAUUUACAUUGUUGGAUUUAUUGACCAGGAGAAGAUUUUGAAUAUCUUGUAUACACAUAUGAUCUCACUGGGUUUGUGUUUUAUCCUGAUGUUUGGCAAUUCCAUGCUACUAACAUCAUAUUAUGCCUCUUCUCUCGCAGUUAUUUGUGUGAUAGCUAUGAGCAGAAAAGCAUUCUUGAAACUUCAGACCAAGGAAUUCGUACUUUGGAUAUUGCAGGUGAUUGCUUGGAUCUUCGGAACAAUUAUCUUAAAAGCUUUAACUUCCCUAUUGCUUGGGGUGAAAGAUGAUGCUCAUAUAGGCAACAUCCUGAAAUCAAAGUUUACCAGUUACAAGGACUUCGACACACUGAUGUAUACCUGUGCUCCGGAAUUUGAUUUUAUGGAAAAGGAGACUCCUUGGAGAUAUUUAAAGACACUCUUACUUCCAGUAGUUCUCCUCGUAUUUGCCACCAUUUGCUUGCGGGCUUUCAAAGAUAUUCAGAUUUUUGACAGACAAAAGACCAUUGAUCUAAAAGGACACAGACAUGAAAGGCAGGAGUAUUCUACCAGCGGAGAGCUGGUGUAUCACGCUUUGCAGCUAGUGGCAUUUGCCGUGCUUGCCAUUUUAAUUAUGAGACUAAAGCUGUUUCUCACUCCUCACAUGUGUGUCAUGGCUUCCUUGCUGUGUUCCAGGCAGCUUUUUGGAUGGAUCUUCAAUAGAUUUCAACCUCAUCUUUUUCUCUUCGCUAUGAUGGCUCUAAUGACAAUACAGGGUUUCACCAACCUACAGAAUGAAUGGAACAUAAAAGGAGAGUUUAGCAAUUUACCUCAGGAAGAACUAUUAGAAUGGAUACAGACAAACACAAAGUCUAAUGCAGUUUUUGCUGGAGCUAUGCCCACAAUGGCCAGUGUUAAACUAUCAACAGGUCGACCUAUUGUAAAUCAUCCACACUAUGAAGAUGCAGGUUUAAGAGCAAGGACAAAAAUGGUGUAUUCCAUGUAUAGUCGGAAGCCAGCUAAGGAAGUGAAAAGGAUUCUGCGUAAACUAGGAGUCCAGUAUUUUAUCCUGGAAGAUGCCUGGUGUACAAGAAGACCAAAGCCUGGAUGCAGCAUGUCAGAGAUAUGGGAUAUUGAAGAUCCUGCAAAUGCUGGAAAACCUCCGUUGUGUUCCAUUAUGGCUAAAGAAUUUGUUCCACAGUUUCAGACAUCAUUCCAAAACAGUGUUUACAAAGUGUUAAAACUUUUAAACGACUAAACAAAAUAAAACAGUUUAUUUUCUUUUG